UAAGUAAACAACUCACUCACUUACAUGUCACUGCUUUAUGUCGUGUCAAAAUCAAACUUGAAAUGGCCUGAAAACAUGAUGACUGUGGGGGUUUUAGUGAGCAGUCAGCUUGGUGAAAUUAAAGGUACAUCUUCAUGUCUGUGACCAGUGUCUAUUAAAACAGAAUUGAAAUAAACCUAAAAAUGCACACAAACACAAACUUGAUUACAUUUAUACUUGGUUUUAAUAAAACAUGGUGUAAAAAUACAAAAUAGUUUGGUUCAAAUGAUAAUUAAAAAAACAACAACUAACAAACAGCUCUCUGCAGAUGUAAUUAAACCUCCCUGGAUCAGUACGGAGUCAUUGUUAAUCUCACAGCAUGAACAGUAUUAGUAGGAGAGAAACCCGAGAGCUCAGGUGAAACUCUCAUGACUUAUUCUGCAUGUGUAUUAUUGAAUGUAUUAUUGUCAUUUCCCAUUUAAAUCUCAUCCAUAUAUCCAUCAAUAUCAUUUUGCCAAGCCAUUGUUGUCCCUGCUCUCUCUCUCUAUUGGAUUAUUAAGGCCUUGGUGUAUUUUCAGCCAAGAAGGCUUAUGGGAUCUCUGACAUGACCAUAAUCCUUCCUGAGUGCGACAUGAUUCUUUUUUCACCAUUAAAGCAAAACAAAAAUGCAUUUUUGAAACUCAGCGAUGCAUUCGGCAGAUGCUUUGCUUUUGAUAGUUCAUUCAAUUAUCGUAUGUCAGAUUAAACACCCCAAGAAGACUAAUCUCUCACUCUCACUCACUUUCCACUCUCUCUCUCUGUCUCUCAAUAGGAUUAUGACGAAGGGUUGGUGUAGAUUAGGUGGUCUGUUCGCUGUAUCCUCAGAUCUCUCUGACUGCAGAGUAAAUAAACAGUGACUGAACGAUGUGAGACACUGUCUGGUGUCGCUUUAACCUUGUAGUCUAAUCUCUGUGAACGCGGCAUGUGCUGAAGGGAAACAACGACACGGUCAACUUGCCGGACCUCGUUCAUCUGAACUCAUGAUCGGUUCGGUUCUGAACAACAGCCAGACUCAGUCACUGAAGAAGCUGUCAUGGUGGACCUGUUCCUGGGGAAGGUUCUGGUGAAGAACAACAAAGACAAAGAUGAGCUGGACACCGAGCGCGAGAUCAUCCUGCGGCUCCAGAACCGCAUCCUCAUGCUGUUCUUCGGCUCGGGCGAGUGCGAGAAGUGUCAGGACUUCGCGCCGACGCUCAAAGACUUCUACAAGAAGCUGACGGACGAGUUCUACGUGGAGCGAUCGGCCCAGCUGGUGCUGCUGUACAUCUCGCUGGACUCGUCCGAGGAGCAGCAGGAGAAGUUCCUGAAGGAGCUGCCCAAACGCUGCCUGUUCCUGCCCUACGAAGACCCCUACAGGAAGGAGCUGGGGGUGAUGUUCGAGGUGCAGGAUCUGCCCAGGGUGGUGGUGUUGCGUCCGGACUGUUCCGUCUUAACGCCCGAUGCCGUGGCGGAAAUCUGCAAUCUGGGGCCAGACUGUUACCGCAACUGGCAGGAAGGGGCGGAGCUGAUCGACAGGAACUUCAUGAUGAACGAGGAGUUCGAUGAGGGAAAAAUGCGCAGUAUGACCGACCCCAUCCGACGAGUCAAAUACAAGGUGGAGGACAAGAAGAAAAAGAAGAACAACAAAAAAGAUGAGGACGAAGAUGAAGAUGGAAAUGGUGGAGGAGGACCUUGGGGCUGAUAUCUGAACAUUUGCUUUGGAUUGGCUGACGCAUAACAUUAGUGAUAUGGACAGAAGCCACGAGUAAACGCUGUAGAGACACAGUUGAGUAAAUGUCACUGGACAGAUGAAAUAUCAAGGCUGAAAUGGGAAGAUGGAUGGUCUACAGCAGAAGUUCUCAAUGAUUUUGACUCCUAAGCUCAUCAUUGUUCACAACAUCGGCUGUAAAAACAAAUGUUUUUAAUUUACAGAAACUGUCCACAGAUUAAAAUGACGAAAUUAUUAUAAAUCAAAUAAUUGAAUUUCAGGAUUCCAACCGUGACAGGAACAGAAUGUUCUUCAGUUUUCCCGCACUUUUCAACCAAUGAAUUUCACUGACUCUUAUAUAUUCCUCAUAUAUCCAGGUUUUCUGAGAGAAUCCGGCACUGUAAAAAUGGCCAGGAUUUACAGGAUUAUUUUACAAUGAUGUAGUCAGAAAUUUACUGUGAAAUAAAUGCAUGCUGGGUUAUUGUCUGCCAAAUUACUGUGAACAUAAUGCAAUUAUUAACCUGGAAUAUACUGUAAAUUCACACUAAUAUUUUUAACAGUGUGGGAAUAACUGUUGUUAAAGGGUCUGUCAUUGCUAAAUGAUUGACACUUGUGCUCAGUUUCUCAAUUCCAGGAUCAAUCACUGCUUUUCAAAUACUUCUAAGAUUAUUUUUAACUCUCUGAUUUUUGUAUUUCCAGAUUAUAGGUGUAUAUGAAUGAUUUUAAUACUAUGAGGACACUAAGAUGGCUGGUGUGAUGUAAAUCUCAGCAAAACCUCUUUUUUGUUUUAAUCACACAUGCUUUUAUCAACACUUGCGUUACUAGUAAACUCUGAAAAUACAAAGAAUUUGAUUUUGAGUGUUACAUCUAUUCACAUUUUUUUUUCAAUGCGUAAAAGAUUUUAGGUUUGAAUUUAUACAAGUGAAAAACGUGAAACCACCGUGUCAUUAAUUUAAAGUGCCUUUUUAUGUUGGUCUUAUCAGAGUCAGGUUUAAUAGUGUUUUACACAUAGGCUACAUAACAAAAAUGAUGAAUAUAUAAGUAGACAUCACAAUUAAUAUUAAUGUCUUUCUAAUUUUGUCUUAAAUUAUAGUAAAUAAACUAAACCACUGACUAACAAAAUGUUUCCAGUUUUAUCUUAAAGAAUCAUGACAUGGAUUUUUUUUUUUUUUAAAUUAUUAUUUUAAUAGAUUUUGAGGUUCACUUUUAAGUGAACCUCAAAAUUUGUUUUUUUUUUUUUUUUUUGCACAAUAUAUAUAGAGAGAGAAAGAAAGAUCUUCAGCUCGUCCAGAAUACGUCACCUCACGUUUGUUGAUUAAAAAAAGCUAUAAGAUAUCUUUCUUUUAGACAACACUUCUUUUCUUCUUCUCUGAUAGAUGUUGUUCAUUUUAUGAAUGCGGAAAACGCAGGCACUGUCCAAUGGCUCAGACUAAAUACUUGGGGUUUCGAGUCUGACUACAGCACGAGGGCGUGGCUUAUUCGCAAGUUCAAGGAGCAUGCGCCGUUUACAUGCUCCCGGAAGACCGCAAACUUCAAUAGUAAUCGCGCAGAAGCCCUCGUUGUGUUUGUUUCAUUUUUACUCAUUUAAAACAAGAAUGAUAUUACUGUGUUAAACGUUGAAAAAAAAAAAAAAAAAAGCUCAUUUGGCAUUUGCGAAUAAUGUUUUAUAAUACUGUAAAAUCACGUGACACUGUUGCUUGGUGUCAAGGGCACGUGACGUUACACUACCAGUGAAAAGUUUGGAAACAUUACUAUGUUUAAUGUUUUUGAACGAAGUCUCUUAUGCUCAUUAAGGCUGCAUUUAUUUCAUAAUAAUAUUGUGAAAUAUUAAUACAAUUUAAAAUUAUGGUUUUCUAUUUUAAUAUACUUUAAAAUAUAAUUCAUAUCAAUAUAUCAUUCUAAUAUGAUGAUUUGAUACUCAGUUAUUAUCAAUGUUGAGAACAGUUGUGUUGCUUAAUAUUUUUUUGGAAGCUGUGAUACUUUUUUCAGGAUUCAUUGAUGAUUGUUUCGAAGCCUCGACACAUCACGGAACAUUUGCUUCAACUGCUUCAGUGUUUCACGAAGCCUCGAUCUGCCCAUCACUAAAGUGAAUAAGAACUGGUGACAACUUAAAACAAUGUACACAAUGUUUCAAGGUCGCCUGGCAAGACCGGUCUAGUCUCCGAGUUCUUGUAAUGUGCAAAUCGUUAUGGGAAGUCAAGGUGCAUAUUUCUAGAGAAACCUUCAGUGAAAGCGAAACCCAAAAACGAAUUAAGUAGCUACAAGGAAGUGCAGACACUAGACACGAAAUUUUGUUCAACCAGAGACAAUGGCCACUACUAAAAGAGUGAUUUAUAACACACUUCAGAAACUUAAGAGUGAUGAACUCACAGAAUUCAUCUGGUACCUGGAGAAUCCUACAGAAGGCAUCAAGCCUAUUCCUGAAUCAAAGCUUGAGAAUGCUAGUCGUCAUGAAGUUGUGAAUGUCAUGGUACAGCAGUACACUAAUGAGGCUGGGACUAUUGCAGUCAAAACGCUGCGCGACAUUAACCAAAAUGAUCUCGCAUUCGAACUUGAGCAGAAACUUCAGGGAGAUGUUCCUGCUGGAGGUGGAGCUUCAUCCAGUGGGACAUCUGUAACUCCUCAGACCACUGGAGUUACAAUGUCGAUAAAAUCAUCCAAUGGAGGAAUCGUAAAUGCCCCUCUUAUACAUGGUUGUGUUGUUAAUGGCUCAGUGAACUUGAACAGCAAAGAUCAACCUUAGGUCGGUCUGUCUGUCUGUCUGUCUAUCUAUCUAUCUAUGUCAUGUCAGCUAUAACUGUGCUAAAACUACUUAAAAGUACUUCAUCUUUAUUUGCCACAACCAAGUAUAAAGCAUGUAAUAUGCAUAAAUGUUUAACAUUGUUAGCAAAUGUUUUUAACUAUGUAUUUACCUUUCUUUAGUGUCUUUGUUUCAACAUAAUGUAAUAAAAAAUAACAAAAAACAA